CGAUUCGACAGUCGACAAUGCUCUGCACGGCCUGAUGUCAAUAUCCUUGGCGUCCAGAUAUCCUGAAGAGAACGUCAACGAAUUGUGGCAUCGGGCCAGCUCACUGUAGUUCGAGCUGCUUGGUUGCGAUCUAGGGUUCGCAUCUUCUACCUUUUUAACAUGCGUCAAAAGAGAGCAAAGAUCUACCGCAAGUUGCUGCACAAGUAUGUCUUGCACUUUGGCUUUCGGGAGCCGUACCAAGUUCUCAUCGACUCGGCCUUCGCACAAUCGCUGAGCAAGCAAAAGAUCGACGAGCCUCUCAAACGUGUCGCAGAUGUGAUACAAGCAAAAGCGAAGCUGAUGGUGACGCAGUGCUCCAUGGUUGCGCUGUACAAGCAGGAGAAAGAGGGAGAAUAUCAGAAAAGAGCAGUCCAGAUGGCAAAAACAUGGGAGCGGAGAAUGUGCAAUCAUAAAGAUGCUAUCGAUGAGUGCGAUUGUCUUGCAAGCGUCAUUGGGCCAACGAACAAACAUCGUUACGUAUUAGCGAGCGAUCAGCCGCGCUUACGCAGGAAGCUUAGAGUCGGCGUGCCCGGCGUUCCAUUGAUACACUGCAACCAAACCGGCGUCCUCGUCAUGGAGCCAAUGAGUGACCUGACCGCUCGCAAAAUGCUCCAGGUUGAGCAAGCGAAAUUAGCAUUAGCUCACAAAGAAGGAAGCGCAAAUGCAGCCGCCGCCGCCGCAGCAGCAGCAGCAGCACUGGUGUCUAGCGGUGAUUCCCCGCUCGCAGACGACACACCCGGUGCGCGGUCUGUCAACACGCCGUCGCUGGGUGCAAUUGCCCAGCCGGCGCAAGCACAGGCGAAGAAGCGAAAAGGCCCAAAACAGCCGAAUCCACUGAGCAUGCGGAAACCAAAACAGAAAGCCGCACCCCAACAGCCCAAAUCGCAAGCGGAGGUCGUGGGAGUUAAGCGCAAGCGUGAGAGCGCAGAUGGCCCAGAGAGCUCUGCGAAGGAUUCAGCAGCCUUUGGGAAGUCAAAGAGACGGAAGCGCGGGAAAGGCGACGCGCAAGGUGCACAGACGGAGUAGUCUGCAAGCCCCCAUCCGACGAUCACCACGAUCGCUUCCUGUAUUUUACACCAUGCUCUGCACUGUAGCAUAGCCCGGAGAAAGG